ACCGCCUUUUUGUUUUGCUUAAAAGCCUUGCCCUGUACGUUUUCUCUUCGCCGAAACCAGAACGUUCUAGGGAUUUCAUCCGAGUUCUCUCCCAGACUCUCUCUGCACUAGUGUGAGCUUUGGCAAUGGCGGCGGAGCCCAAGGCAGCGACUGAGGAGGCGAAGAUCGAUUUGUUCGAGGACGACGAUGAGUUCGAAGAGUUCGAAAUCAAUGAAGAGUGGGAGGACAAGGAGGAAGGAAAAGAAGUGACACAGCAGUGGGAAGACGAUUGGGAUGAUGAUGAUGUUAAUGAUGACUUCUCUUUUCAGCUGAGGAGGGAAUUGGAGAACAAUACGGAGAGAACUGAGCUAAAAUUUUAGACUCAUCCUUGUUAUUAUUCUCUGCACCUGCGCAUACUUAGUCUCUAUCUGCUCUCUUUCCUUUCUUAAUGUAUGCACAUUAUAUUUCUCAAAGCACCAUAUGAACUUCUGUAUGAAAUCUUUUGCUUGCACAAUGGAAAUUUACCCCCAAGUUUCCGCUUA